GGGAAUCAUCCAGGAGUUUGAAAAGUGAGAGAGAAGUUCGAAGGCAGUGAUGACUUUUCUUCGUUUCUAGCGACCAAGAGCUGAAAUCAGAGUAAUUCAGGACCAAGAUGGAGUCCCUUUCAGCACAGUUUGAUGACCUGAUGCGCCAGAUGCAGGUUCUGGCAGAUCCAGCUGAGUACAAAUUCCUUGAAUUUUUAGACCACGAAGAGAAAAAUCGGGUUCAGUUAAGAGAACUUGAAGCAGAAGUGAGUCGUCUUAAUGAGCAAGCAACCAGAUACCAAAAGGAAAUUAAAAGCCUGGAGAUGAAAUUAAAAAAUGCAAAGCACAUGCUAGAUGUAGAAAAGGCCAAGAGAAUCACGACAGAAAAAGAGAAAAAUGAUUUGGCAGGACAAAUUGGUUUGGUCAUGGAGUUGUUGGGAAGAGGGCAGGUCAAUGAGACAAGAGAAAGACUACAACAGUUACAGCACUCGUUUACCUUUAGUGGAACAGCAACAAAUCAGCGGCGAAGUACAAGAGAUUUGUCCCCAGGGCCUCUCUCUACUAUCACAGAAGACAAUGACACAAUGGGUUCCAUCCUUAGUGUAUCAGACAUUGAUAUUACUGAGGAUGAUUUAGAAGAAUCACGUCUCAGAUCAGGACGCUCAUUCAAACGCAGAUCUUCACCAGAACGCCAGGAUUCCUCUAAGGGAAAGAGGCGCUCAGGCAGGAGAAGUGAGGAGAUCCAGAGCCAUGAGGUGAAGACUCAAGUCACAUACUAUACACAAGGUGAUGAAAUUAAGAAAGUCCAUACAGAGACGAAAAUCAAGCCAUCAGCACCUCCACUUUCCACAGGUGACCGUUAUAUAGAUCAGUACAGCUGUGACACUUUUUCUACUGCAUGCCUCACUUGGAAUGCAUGUGUCUCACAUGAAGAGACUGAGGUUAGCCAACUUAAAAAACCCACCCACGGCCAGACUCUCAAUCCACCCUCAACUCCACAUAUUCCUCAGACUGCAUACUCACCACACUUCCCGAACCCAUUAACACCUCAGAAACAGGGCACCGGUCAGUUGUACUACACUCCUACACACACUCUUGUUACACCAAUAUUGCGCACCCAUUCUUCAGUUACAAAGAUGAACCAAAGACCUCAUGCCUUCUACACCAAGACUAUAUACAAGACUGAACAUUGUCAGCCAUGUGGCAAAAGAAUUAAGUUUGGUAAGAUUGCCCUUAAGUGUCGAGACUGCCGUGCUACCUGUCAUCCCGAGUGUCGUGAAUCUGUGCCACUCCCUUGCGUUCCUACAGCUAACACUCCAACUGCAAAGGGGCAAUUGGGGACCAUUGCUGACUACACAUCUCGUAUGCCCCCAAUGGUUCCUGCCUUGGUGGUCCAUUGCACCAAUGAGGUAGAAAACCGCGGUUUGAGUGAAGUUGGAAUUUAUCGAGUACCAGGAGCAGAAAAGGAUGUGAAGGAACUAAAGGAUCAAUUUCUGCGAGGUAAAGGCAUGCCUAACCUGUCCCAGCUUGAUAUCCACGUUGUUUGUGGUGCUCUUAAGGACUUCAUGAGGUCACUAAAGGAACCCCUUGUCACCCACCUCCUCUGGCGAGACUUUACAAGUGCUGCAGAAAAGUCGGAGGCCCAAGAUUACCUUGCAGCUCUCUACCAGGCAAUCUCAGAGUUACCACAGCCCAACAGGGACACUUUGGCCUGGGUCAUGACUCAUCUUCAAAGGGUAGCUGAAUGUCCUGAAUGCAAAAUGCCAGCUAGCAACCUAGCCAAGGUGUUUGGGCCUACACUUGUAGGAUACUCAGUACCAGAACCUGAUCCAGCCACUAUGUUGACUGAAACUCGUCAACAGCAAAUGGUCAUGGAAAAGCUGCUUGAAAUCUCCACAGACUACUGGAAUACUUUCAUUAAUGUUACUGAUGAAAAUGUGCACCAGGGAGUUCAGCAGCUUCCUACUCCAGAAGGUGGCACUCUCCUUGGAGGGUUCCCAUCCUCCAAUACACGUCGACGCUCUAUACUUACUCGCACUCCACUAGCCGCUAGGGAAACUCCAAAGAACCGCUAUGUCUUCCGGAAGUGAGGUUACUGAAAUCUUUUUUGUUUGAUACAAAACAAGAUGGACAUAAUAUUAUUUUAUAAAUUGUAUUACUAGGGCAAUAUGUGCCAAAAGAAAUUGUAUACUUUAACGAUGCUUCUAGUUUAGUUUGUCUUGUGUAUAUAUGUUUCAUUUAUUUCAUAUUUGUAUACAUGUGUGUGAGUGUGUCUGUGUGUGUGCGUGUGUGCAAGUUUACAUUGUUUUGUCUGCACAUGCACUUAUGUAACUGUACAAAAGGAAAGAUGAUUAGAUGCUGAUAUAGUAGUGUGAAGUGGAGGAAUUGAAAUUGUGGUACUAGGACUUCAGCCAUUCCUUUGCAUCAGAAUUGAGCCUAUUAUGAUGAUUAUGUUAUACAAAUUUAUACCACUGUAAGAGAAGUUUAUCUACUGAUAUUCUAGUUUUAAGAUUUUUCCAAUUAAGUAUUUUUGUAAUAACCUUACAUUCUGAAGUAUUGCGUCACAGUUGUACAGAUUUUGUUAAUAACCUGUCUUUUAACCUUGUUACAUCUGGUAUGAAUGCAACAUCUAGUUUUCAAUUAUUACUGUUAGUCAUGAGACAAUACAUUAAAUAUAUACUACAUUAAUGCAUGUAAAUAAUGGGUCAGGUCAUAGCCAGACAAAUUCUCUUAAACAGAUGCUUUACUGUGAAAUUGAUUAUAAUCAUUAGUGUUAUUUUUUUUGUUUUUAUUGACUAUUUUUUAUCUAUCCACACCAAAGGAGUAUUGCGAGAUAUGUAUGUUUCUUUUAUCUUAUUUUUAAUGUGCAUUAUUGAUACAUUUCACAUUACUCGUAAUUUUGCAGAUAAUCUAUUCUUAUUUUUUGUAUUUUUUAGGAAACUUCUCACCUGAAGAAAAUUAUAUAUAUUGUUGGA